UUGUAGCAAGUCUAAUCAUCCUACAUUUGUCUGGGGCAACCAAAAAAGGAACAGAAAAGCAAAGUGUUUCCGAAGGACAGAGACCAGUGCAGUGUGGAACUUGGACAAAAUAUGCAGAAGGAGGCAUCUUCACCUCUCCAAAUUACCCCAACAAAUAUCCUCCAGACAGAGAGUGUGUCUACAUUAUAGAAGCUGCUCCUAGACAAUGCAUUGAACUACACUUUGAUGAAAAAUAUUCCAUAGAGCCUUCUUGGGAGUGUAAAUUUGACCACAUAGAAGUACGAGAUGGACCUUUUGGCUUUUCCCCAAUCCUUGGACGUUUCUGUGGACAGCAAAAUCCACCUAUGAUAAAAUCCAGUGGCAGAUUCCUGUGGAUUAAAUUUUUUGCUGAUGCUGAACUGGAAUCUAUUGGGUUUUCUGCUCGGUAUAAUUUUACACCUGAUCCAGACUUUAAGGACCUUGGCGUUUUGAAGCCAUUGCCAGUUUGUGAGUUUGAGAUGGGAGGACCUGAAGGAAUUGUGGAAUCUGUACAAAUUGUUAAAGAAGGAAAAGCUUCUGAAACUGAAGCAGUAGACUGUAAAUGGUACAUCCGAGCACCACCCCGAUCCAAGAUCUAUUUGAGAUUUUUGGACUACGAGAUGCAGAAUUCCAACGAAUGCAAAAGGAAUUUUGUAGCAGUGUAUGACGGAAGCAGCUCGGUGGAGGAUUUGAAGGCAAAGUUUUGCAGCACAGUUGCCAAUGAUGUGAUGCUGAGGACAGGCCUGGGUGUAAUCCGCAUGUGGGCAGAUGAAGGCAGUCGAAACAGCCGAUUCCAGAUGCUCUUCACAUCUUUCCAAGAACCCCCUUGUGAAGCCAACACAUUCUUUUGCCACAGUAAUAUGUGUAUAAAUAAUACACUGGUCUGCAAUGGACUCCAGAACUGUGUGUAUCCCUGGGAUGAAAACCACUGCAAAGAAAAAAGAAAAGCAAACCUAUUGGACCAACUUACCAAUACCAGUGGGACUAUAAUUGGGGUGACGUCUUGCAUUGUGAUCAUCCUCAUUGUUAUCUCUAUUAUAGUACAGAUCAAGCAGCCUCGUAAAAAAUUUGUCCAAAGGAAAGCAGACUUUGAUCAAACAGUGUUCCAGGAGGUGUUUGAGCCUCCUCAUUAUGAGUUAUGCACCCUUAGAGGGACAGGGACUACAGCUGACCUUGCUGACGUUGCAGAUGACUUUGAAAAUUAUCAUAAACUGCGGAGAUCCUCUUCAAAAUGCAUUCAUGACCAUCACUGUGGAUCACAAGUGUCUAGUCUUAAGGGCAGCCGUAGUAACCUCAGCACAAGAGAUCCUUCUGUCUUGACAGAAAUACAACCCCAGCCUGUAAAACCACUUGUUCAGCCCAUGAACAGGAGAAACAUCCUUGUCAUGAAGCAUAGCUACUCACAAGAUGCUGCUGAUGCGUGCGAGAUAGACGAAAUUGAAGAGGUGCCAACCACAAGUCACAGGCUGUCCAGACAUGACAAAGCUGUUCAGCGGUUCUGCCUCAUUGGGUCUCUAAGCAAACAUGAGUCUGAGUACAACACAACUAGGGUCUAAGAGAAAAGCCUGAGACUGCUUGAGAAUAGUGCGCUCCUGGGUGAUUUUGAACAUGCUACAGUGAAAUGUGAAACUAUCGUCCUUGGAAACACCAGCUAGAGGUUUUAUGGACUCUGACCAGCUAUUCUCUUAUCAUGAAAAAAUUCAGCAGUGUUGAGUAAAAUUACUAGAAGGCAAUAAGACUUUGGUUAUUAUGCUUAUCAGUCAUUUAUCUUUUUGUUUUUCUCUCUUCUUUUUGUUGCAAGUAAAAUUCCCAAUUUCAGGAACAAUUUAUUGAAAUCAGGUAUUUAGCCAUUCAUAAUCACUUCAAUAGAAACGUUUGUUGGAUAAGCAUCUAGCAAUAUGACUGAAUUUGACAUUGAGAAAUUAAUCUGCAUGUAUGUUACUGAAUAUUUGAGUUGGCAAAAAUCCCUUUAUUAGAUACAUUGUAAAAAGCAUGCAUUCACAGUUAUUGCUGUUACUGUUCCAUUUCUGUGUCAUAUGCUUGCUACUUGUAACUUUUAUAUAAAAAUACAUAAAAUAAUGUGUAAUAAUUUCGUA